AUGAACUCUCCAGCUGCCUUCUGCGUCCUUCAGUUUGGCAUCGUCCUCUGUCUUUCUGGAUUUGCCCAUGGCUUUAGCUUCUCUCUGCUGCUCAGUGAAAUAGACAACUUGAAGGAGUACUAUAAUGCAAGUCAACCUGAUGUCGCUGAAGAUGGGCCUCUUUUUGUAAGGGUGCUAAGAGAUGCUCAACAGGAUGAAAAGAAAGUCAUUUUGAGCCAAAUAAUCUCGAUGUAUUUGGACAUAUUUUCCACCCUCGAGGAUAACCACGUGGUCAAAGAGAGCAUGGGGAAAAUCAGGGAGAGUAUGGUGCAGUGGAAUCAGACUCAUGGGUUCAAGAAAUUAGGCGACCUGCAGAAACUGAUCAAGACUCCGGUAACAGACGCUAAAAUUCAACGCAAAGCGGUUCACGAACUCUUCUGGGUCGUUCAAAACCUCUACAACAUGACAGGCAAUUCUGGUCAGAGGAAGAAAAGGAGAAGUCGCCAAAGGAUAUCCAAAUAUUAG